UUAACAGCAUUAGUAAGCGAAAUCGCAUGAAAAUAUUGAAAUAGGCCGCACUUGCUCGAAAUAUAGCAAAAUUAACUGCAAAAAUAACAUAUAUUUAGUGUAUUGUCCCAAUUUUCAAUUAUAAACAAACUUCGCGUAAUUUCGAGGCAUUGCAAAGCAAAUUGCAAAAUGGAUACCUAUUUAUUCGACGGGGGUCGUAUUACCAAAAUGGAAGUAGACUAUGAGCCUGCUUGCAAUGAGAAGAUUCCAUUUGCGAAGGAAAUGGCAAAAAAGAAUCCGGAUUCUUUUCACGAAGCUGUCGAAAUGAUGCUGCAAUUGGAGAAGCAAACCCGUCUGGGUGCUGAUAUGGUGUCAUGCUCGCGAGUCCUCGUGGCCAUUUGUCAGAUAUGUUUUGAAGCAGGAAACUGGAAUGCACUGAACGAGUACGUUUCUCUACUGGUACGCCGGCGGUCGCAGCUAAAACAGGCCGUCGUGAAGAUGAUACAGGAGUGCUGCACAUAUGUGGACAAGACGCCUGAUAAGGAUACAAAGCUUAAACUAAUUGAUACGCUGCGCUCGGUUACAGAAGGGAAAAUAUAUGUUGAAAUUGAGCGUGCGCGACUUACAAAAAUAUUGGCCGAUAUCAAGGAAGCGGACGGCGAUGUCGUUGGCGCUGCAGCUGUUAUGGAAGAGUUGCAGGUGGAGACCUAUGGCUCAAUGGACAAACGUGAGAAAGUUGAACUAAUUUUGGAGCAAAUGCGAUUGUGUCUGCUAAAGGAGGACAAUGUCUCGACCCAAAUAAUUGCCAAAAAGAUCAGUAUUAAGUUCUUUGAUGAUCCGGCUCAGCACGACCUUAAAUUAAAAUUCUACAACCUUAUGAUUAACCUUAAUCGCGAUACAUCCUUCCUGAAUACGUCACGUCACUAUCAAGCUAUUGCCGAACCGCCGCGUAAAAAGCCGCUGGUAGCCGUCGAUUCCACCACCGACGACAAAAAAAAAGAAGAUGAUAAGAAAAAGAAAGAGGACGAUGAUAAAAAGCCCGACACUGAGCCUGAAAUGGAAGUUGAACUAACUGAGGCUCAGCUGGUUGAGCUUAAGGAUAAGCUUGUAUGCGCUGUGCUAUACUGCGUGCUGGCGCCUUACGACAAUGAACAAAGCGACAUGAUGGCGCAUUUGUCAAAGAACAAGAAAUUGGAGGAUGUUCCAGUCUACAAGGAAAUUCUUCGUCUAUUUAUGUCAAAAGAGCUCAUAAAUUUUGAUACAUUUAAUGCCGACUUCGGCCGAGUGCUAGCCGAGAACGAAAUGUUUAAGGAUAACACCAAACAUGGCAAGAAGUGCAUUGCUGAGCUAAAAGAUCGAUUAAUUGAGCAUAAUAUACGUAUUAUAGCGCUCUACUAUUCACGCCUGCAUUUGACGCGUAUGAGCGAGCUAUUGAAUUUGCCUACAAACCGUUGUGAGGAGUACCUAUCGAAGUUGGCCAACACCGACACAAUACGGGUUAAGAUAGAUCGCCCCGCCGGAAUCAUAUACUUUACCACAAAGAAGAGCGCCUCUGAUGUUUUGAAUAAUUGGGCAACUGAUGUUAAUCAACUUAUGUCGUUGGUCAACAAAACAUGUCAUUUAAUCAACAAAGAAGAGUGCGUCUAUUCGGUCAUGUGUGCUGUAGAGGAGUAAUAGAUAAGAAUAUAGAUUUAUGCAUCUAGAUUCAUUGUCUUUUCUCAUUUAAUCGCAGAACUUUUUUUUGUCGUUCAACUAACAAAAAUCAACCAUCCACUCGA